AUGAACUUAUGAUUUAAUUAGCAAAAAAAAUUGCCAGUUUGGCAGUUUGCCACCUUCUUUUCUGGGAACCAAAGCAGAAAGCACCCUAGAAAAACGAAAGGGUAGGGGAGCAUAUUUGCUAGCCUGAAGAUUGAAGGGGAUUUCCAAUCAACAGGUUGAACGGUAGCAGCAUACUCUGUCGGAGAUACAGUCGGAGAGGGGUCGUCGGAAAUGUUGAACACCGAAGCCGAAGCCGAAGAAGUGGAGCGUCGGAGGAAACUCGAAGAAGCCUUAGAAGUUAAAGCCCUAAGGCGCAUCAUUAGCGCAUUCAUCAACUAUCCUGAAGCUUCGGAAGAAGAUAUAAAAAGAUAUGAAAGAUCUUUCAGAAAGUUACCACAAGCACACAAGGUUAUCCUAUCUCAUCUCCCUUUGAAGUUUCAGAAACUUAGAUGGUGUAUUGCUCAAAAUUCAUAUUUCAUAUUUGAAAUGCUUAAGGCAUUUGAGCCCCCACUAGAUUUGAGCCAGGAUACUGAUAUUUGUGAAGACCAACAUCUAGAUAACAUCACAACUAGAUGUUGUGGACUGAACUGUAAGGAAUCUGUUAAACCAAGCUCUGAGGAACAUGGGGGUGGUAUUUCUGGGACAUGUGUUGCUAUUAAGGAGGAGAAAAUUGAGCAUUCAAAUGAGUUGAAUGAUGUGAGUUUAAGCAGUGGUUUAAAACAUCAGAAUAACACAAAUAGUGUUGGCGAUGAUUGGUGUAAGGAAUUCCAAGAUCUGGGGAAACAAUUUCCUUCUGCUAGUUGCAAUGAGAAUAUUUCUUCAUCGUCUCCUGGAUGGUUGAGCCCAUUGUCACAGUCACAUGUUCCAUUAGUAGAUGUAGAUAAGGUCAGGUGUAUUAUAAGAAAUAUUGUAAGAGAUUGGGCAGCUGAGGGGCAAAAGGAACGUGAUCAAUGCUACAAGCCGAUCCUGGAAGAACUUGAAAGACUGUUUCCUAAUCGUUGCAAGGAAAGUCCUCCAACCUGUUUAGUUCCUGGUGCUGGACUUGGAAGGCUUGCUUUGGAAAUUUCUUGUCUUGGAUUUGUGAGUCAAGGAAAUGAAUUUUCAUACUACAUGAUGAUCUGCUCCAGUUUUAUUCUUAAUGUCACUCAAACCGCCAAGGAGUGGACCAUCUUUCCUUGGAUACACAGCAAUUGCAAUUCACUUUCAGAUAAUGAUCAGCUUCGCCCUGUGUCAAUUCCAGAUAUUCACCCUGCUAGCGCAGGAAUUACUGAAGGUUUUUCUAUGUGUGGUGGUGAUUUUGUUGAAGUGUACAGCGAUCCAAGUCAAGAAGGAUAUUGGGAUGCAGUCGUCACUUGUUUCUUCCUUGAUACUGCACACAACAUUGUUGAAUACAUUGAGGUCAUUUCAAAAAUUUUAAAAGAUGGUGGAGUCUGGAUAAACCUGGGGCCCUUGCUCUAUCAUUUUGCUGAUAUGUACAGUCUGGAAGAUGAAAUGUCAAUUGAGCUAAGUCUAGAGGAUGUGAAAAAGGUUGCUCUUCAUUAUGGAUUUGAAUUUGUGAAAGAAUCAACUAUUGAGACAACUUAUACAACUAAUCCACGCUCAAUGAUGCAAAAUCGAUACUACACUGCCUUUUGGACGAUGAGAAAGAAAACAAAUCCAGCUUAAGAGCAGUGGUGCAUAGACUUCUUAUGCACAUAACAUCAAAGAAUGAAUGCUGCCAUUUCUGGUUGUUUUCAGGUUGCAAGAGUGAGAUUGGAAUGCAAUUCUUAUAUUAUUACGCUUGAUUGCACUUAUAUUCAAGAUAUUGCUAUUCUUUAGACUUGAUUCUGGGGUAUAAACUUCAUAUUUCUUUUUAUCUUAUUUUUGUGUUCGUUUGGCAAUUUCAGAUGCUAAUUGAAUGAAAUGGUUUUUUUUUUUUAA